GGAAAAAAGAAAAAAAAAAAGGAAAUCGAGUUCCCGCCUCUGCGCUCUUCUUGAAUCGUCCAAAGAGUGAGAGAGUGUAGAAAGGGACGAGGAGAGAGAGAGAGGGAGAGAGAGAGAGAGAGAUGGAGAGGAGAGAGAGGGGGGAGUAGAGAGAGAGAGAGAGAGAGAGAGAGAGAGUGAGAGAGAGAGAGGGAGAUGUGGGGGAGCUCCGGGAGCUUUGGGGGCGAUCGCGGCGGAGAUGGACACCCCCGAGCGGAGCACGGUCGGAGCGGCGGCGAUCUCCAAGUUCGAGGAUUCUCCAGUCUUCAACUUCAUCAAUAGUUUAUCUCCUAUCCAGAUGGUUAAAUCAAUAGAUUCAGUACAGAGCAUACAAGCUUACCAAUCUUUGAAUUUUGCAUCUAUUCCCUCCAUCUUUACUUCACCACAUGCCAAUACCCAAAAAGACUCUAAAUUGUCAGCAAGGAAUCCUUUUAAAGAACUUUCGGAACAAGAGACUAGUAGUGUAACAUGUUUACUUAAUGAAGCGUUAGUUGAUCCUCCUGAUGACUCGUCAAUUGUGCCUACCAAUUUGCCUCAGCCUUUGCAAUUUGAUGGUGGCAGUCCAAAUCAUAGUACUACACCUCGCCAUGGUGCCAAAACAGAUCACGUACAAAGCAAUCUUAACCUUUUUCAAAGUAGUCUUGACAAAAGAAAGAGCUUAUUUGCCCCUGAAAGGGAGAUCGGGGAAAAUCAUCCAGCCAAUCAAGAGAAUAAUGAAGUGGUAGGAUUGGAUUGGACGAAUUUGAUGUCCGAUAAUGUUGAUGACCUUUUGAUUUAUAACCUUUCAAUUGAAGUGGAUAUUUGCAGAGCUGUGGAUGGAAAGCAAGGGCUCGGUGAUGUUAAUUACAGUGAUUUUUUCUCAUCAAAGUAUGCAGGGGAGAUUAAUGAUUCACAGAAAACACAACCUGAUGUGCUUUCUGCUCCUUGUGUCCAAAAUGUUACUGAGAAUCCUCAUGUGCUUUGUGAUGAAAUGUUUGGAAAGGAAGAUGAUAUGGAUCAUACCCCAGAAAUUCUCUCCGGUGGUCCUAACCAGGUUGUUCCAAUUGAUCACAUCCAGGAGAAUUUGAAUGAAGCCAGCGAUUGUAUUCCAUUAGGCUACAAGGUUGAUUCCCAACAACAACGUGGCAUGCGGAGGCGCUGUUUGGUUUUUGAAGCAGCUGGGCUUUCGAAGAAGAACACAGGCAAUGUGAAACCUCGUUCUGCAAUCUCAAUAACAUCCAAGGGCAAAAUGGCUUCUUAUGAUAGCCACUUAAAUCCUCUGAAAACUCCAUCACCACGUGUCUUACCUGGUAUUGGUUUACAUUUGAAUGCUCUUGCAACAACUUCAAAAGAUAGAAUGGUCACACAGGAUACUUUAGCUUCUGGAAAACAACUAAUAAGCAUGCCAUGCACUAUUGGUUCCUUUGUUUCAACUGGGCAGAAAACAGAAAGUAAGUCUCAGCCUGUUGCAAAGGAUUUUGUUCAUACUGGUAGUGAAUUUCAAGAGCCUCAAGUUAUGAACAAUGAGACUUCACCGCCAACUGUGCUCGAAAAUGCUGAGGAGUCCAGCCCCAAGAAGAAGAGGCGCAAGUUAGAAAAUGGUGAAGGUGAAUCAUGCAAGCGUUGCAGCUGUAAGAAGUCAAAGUGCUUGAAGCUUUAUUGUGAGUGUUUUGCUGCGGGGGUCUACUGUUCGGAACCCUGUGCAUGCCAAGGAUGUUUCAAUAAGCCUAUUCAUGAGGAAACCGUUCUUUCUACUCGCAAGCAGAUAGAAUCUCGUAAUCCACUUGCAUUUGCUCCCAAAGUGAUUCGAACGUCUGAAACUGGUCAGGAAUUAGGGGAAGUUUCUGACAAGACUCCGGCUUCGGCUCGUCAUAAAAGAGGAUGCAAUUGCAAGAAAUCAAGCUGUCUAAAGAAAUACUGCGAGUGCUAUCAGGGAGGUGUUGGAUGCUCCAUCAGCUGCAGAUGCGAGGCUUGUAAGAAUGCUUUUGGAAGAAAAGAUGGUUCAACCCCUGGUGGUGCCGAAGAGAUUGAACACGGAGAGGAAGAAAAAGAUGCCCAUGAGAAGAAAGAGGAAAUGCCAGACGAUGGCCAACAAAAUGCUAGUGUCCAAAAUCAUGAAAAUCAUUCGUCAGAAAAUCUUGCCAUCACGCCUUUCAAAGCAUGCAGACAAUUGGUCAAACUGUCGUACUUCUCAAGCUCAAAGCCGCCAAGACCUUCAGCUCCUACUGGAUAUUUCUCUCGGCUGUAUAACACUCAGGCUCUUCUCAAGUCCGAAGCCAUGCUUCUUUGUAACAAGUUUGAGAACCACGUCAAUAACUUUUGUGAUGACGAUACAGCGAACAUUCUAAAAGAGAAUGGCUCCCCUAGCAAUGUUAUGAAAACCUCUUCACCUAAUGGAAAGAGAAUUUCUCCUUCUAAUGGUGUCGGUUUCUCUCCAAGCCGAAAGGGUGGGCGGAAAUUGAUACUAAGAUCCAUCCCUUCAUUUCCAUCUCUUAGUAAUGUGGAUAGUGAUGAUGCAGUGAAUGAUACCACCAAUUCUUUUAACCCAUCCACACUCACCUGAGGUUGUUUAGAAAGCUAGAAGGGUGGAAAGUGUGAGAUCAACCAUUGAUGCACAGUGGCGCACCUUGUGGUCUGAUAAUGCAUCACAAAUGAAGGUUUCUUGGAUGUUCAGAAGCCAAGUUAUUCGUGCAAGGACUGGUAAAGUGUAUUAAGAACUUCUAAUGGUGUUGUAAGAAAUUAAUUCCUAAGUUGUAUCUAUAUGUUGUCUUGUUGCUAGAAUAUUCGUGUGUUCACUUCAUUUUUUCCCCCCCCCAUGUGUAAUGUUUCCUACUCUAGGAAGUUUGUGCAAAGGCUCUUAGUUUCAAUCGAUCAUCAUUUUUCCUUGUUCCCGCUUAUGUUGUCUGAGUUUUUUUUUCUUUUCUUUUUUUAAUAUAAAUAAAACUUCCAUCGUUU